AUGAAGAAUGAGACAGAGAUUACUCAUUUCAUACUUAAGGGCCUAACAGAUCAACAAGAGCUUCGGAACAUUCUGUUUUCUCUUUUCUUAGUGCUUUAUUUAGUAACUGUGUUGGGCAAUGGAACUAUUGUCAGUGUGGUGGCGGCAGAGACCCACCUUCACACCCCUAUGUAUUUCUUUCUCAGUAACCUCUCUUGCCUGGACAUUUGCUACUCUACAGUCAUCCUUCCCAAAAUGUUGUCUGGCUUUCUCAGAGCUCAUCAAAGAAUCUCCUUUGCUGGAUGCAUCACCCAACUGCAUUUCUUCCAUUUCCUAGGCAGCAGUGAAGCUAUUCUUUUAGCUGUCAUGGCUUAUGAUCGCUACAUCGCCAUAUGCUACCCUCUACGCUAUUCAAUCAUCAUGUGUACACGGAACUGUGUUCUACUGGCAGCUGCCACUUGGACGACAGGUUUCUUUCAUGCUCUGAUGCAUGCAAUCAUGACUUCCCAACUUCAUUUCUGUGGCCCCAAUUUCAUUCAGCACUUCUUCUGUGACAUCAAGCCAGUACUGAAGUUGGCCUGCAGUAGCAUAACGCUCAACCUCAGUCUCCUCAAUAUUGUCACCGUCUUAAUUGCCAUGACUACUUUCUUCCUAACACUCUUUUCCUACCUCUACAUUAUCUCCUUCCUUCUACUGAAGGUCAAGUCAAACAGCAAAAGAUGGAAGGCCUUCUCCACCUGCAGUUCCCAUCUAACAGUUGUAGGUUUGCUGUAUGUGCCAGUACUGUUUAACUACAUUCGCUCCUCAUCAAGAGAGUCACCGCAAGUAGACAUGAUAGCCACCCUCAUGUACAGUGUAGUCACUUCUGUUUUGAAUCCUUUGAUCUACACCUUGAGGAAUCAAGAUAUGAAAUCAGCCAUCCGGAAAUGCCUGGGUAGACUCAUCUCUCCAGAGAUAUGA